GGAUAUACAUAUAUAUAUAUAUAUAUAUAGAUGUGUACUAUGAAUGUACCGGCGAGCAUUGGUCGUUGUUAAGGAGAGGCGAAAAUCCGGCGAUUCAGUACUUGGAUCAAAUUGGUGGUAUUCUAUCGAUUGUUAAUGAAAAAAAUGAAACACUAUGGUAUGUACGUGGAAAAACAUUGAAUGCCGAACAUAGUGGUCAAAUUUAUCGUUCAAACAAUCAACCGAAGCAAGAUUUUGAUUUAUCAACCAAUCCACAUGGUAACCCUCCAAACACGUGCAAUCAAUACAACAACGGUUUUCGUAAUGCUCGGAACAACAACAACAACAACAACAACAAGGGUAAGGUCGGCCGUAACCAUAACGCAUGCAAUGGCGAUAUCAAUGGAAACUACGAACCACGCAAUGGAAAACAACAAAAAUACGGUUCACAUAAUCAACGACAGCGUAUGAAUGGCGGUGGUCACAGUUUCGGUUCGUCAAACAAUGAUAGCUGUGGCAGCGGUAGUUCGUCUGGUUACGACCAAAAGACAAGUGCAUCGUUGUUUGGUUACGAUUUGAUUGGUGAUGAUUUGUUCAUGGAAAUGGCAAAAAUCGAUUUGGGAUGCAGUUUCACUAACCGCAAACAAAUACAUCGAAGCGGUUUAUGCAUUUCUGGUCAGCGUAUACGCGAUGCAACUGAACGCAUCAAACGAUACCCACACACGGAUAACAUGAAAAUUAUUGUUAAUCUCGGAACGGUUGACAUUUUGCACGGCCGUGAUUUAUCUGAUAUGUGUCAAGAUUACAUGAAUUUGGUGAAAAUGUGCUAUCAUCGUAACAUUCAAAUCGUUAUAACAACAUUGGCUCCAAUCGCAAAUCGAAUGCACAUUGAGGACGAUGUAAACAAAUGGCAUGAUUUCAAUCGAUUUUUACUCACAAAAUUUGCAAACAAACACCAAGUCAUCGACAUCAAACACUGCAUGCUAUGCCCGAAAACUGGAAAGGUAUGGUUCGAAUGUUACCAGCCAAGCCCAAAAUAUAUGUCUGGCUCUGAUAAACCACAUUUGUUGUGGAAUCGCAUUGGGCGUCAGCGUAUCUUAAAGGAAAUCAAAGCACGUUUACGCUUUUGAUUCAAUCGCAAGGAGAUGGCUAUAAAAAUGACACAUACAUACACAACACAAAUACUGAUUUUAUUUAGAUAUGAGUUAAAACUUCAAAUAUUUUCGUCUAUUUUAAAUUGUCUUCCAUGGUUAUUAAUUAAAUUUUUAAUGCACACUUCGGACACAAAAAGAAAGUGGCUUAGUUCAAGUACAAAGCGAUUAAUUGUUUAGCUAACAGGUACAGCACACAAAGCAACCAAUUCGAUGCCAGUGUUUUAAGCUCAAUUAAUAUAUAUAUAUGUUUAUGUCUCAAUUGUAAAAUACCCGAUUUGGAAAUGCUUUUUUGGACGUAUAAAACUUUUCUUCACUUUGUUUUGUCAUGUGUGCGAAAUAAAUUGAACGAAGAUUUUUUUCUGGUCGUUGACAAUCGACAUUGUAAACUAUUAACGCUUCGAAUGGGCUUUUUCAUUUUUGUAAACGUAUGGAUAGGGCCCAUUUUGACCGUUUUUCAAUUCGAUUUACACAUUUUAAAAAGCAUUUCCAAUAUUAGCUAUUUUUUCUAACUUUAUUUUGUUUGGAUAUCAAUUAUAUUUCGAAACUCAUUGCAAUUUUUCCCUUAAAAAAAUCACGUGAGUCUCUUCUCGCUUUAAGUCUGUGUUAGCAAAUAAAAUAUUCCAUCUGAAAUUGGAACUGUUGAUCGACUCCAAUUUCAAAACGAAAUUUUAUUGGUCAGACUUAAAUCGACGACAGACUUCUUCAUUCGAUUUGCAAAUAUUUGAGUCUUUUGUGUUUUCACAUCUUCACAUAAGAUUCAAAUGUUUCCAAAUCAAAAUUCAAAUUCUAUAUUUUGUUCAAAAUGAUUGUUAUUAUGUCUUUGUGUCUUAAAAAAAGUAUUCGAAUAAAAAAAAUG